AUGGGAUUAGAUGGACACGUGUACACUGUUAACAGGGUAGAACUGAAAACUGAACUGGGAAAGCAUGCCAAGGAAUGCCAGGUGUUUGUAAGGCAAUUCCCGGACUGGAAAGAUCAGAUAGACGGCAACGUAAAGGAAUUGCGAGAGAUUGCGGACAGCAUUGAUGAAUAUCACAUAAUCUCUGUGAUCGCAAGUAUCAGCGGGGCCUCGGCAGCUGUGCUCGGAGGGGCUUUGUCCACUUCAGGGAUGGACGCCAGUCCCUUCACACUAGGUACCUCGCUGGGUCUCAGUGCUGUGGGAGGUGGGAUAAGUACUGCUGGUGCUGUUACUACUCUUACAGCUGGCACCUCUGAAACCAUUACACAAUUCAACAGGCAGAAGGUGGUCAAUAAAAUCAUACAACAGUAUAAUGACCAGUGUCAACAAAUGUCAAUGGUUUUAUCUGAAGUUGAUGGUGCCAUUAAGUCCUGGAGCUUGAAGCUAAGGGGAGAAAUCAUGAGCCACGAGCCUAGUGAAGAAAUCUCCAACUUCCUGAACCAGUCCUGCAAUACAGCAAAGUACAGUGAUGCCAUUGACAGAGGGUGGCCUGUGGGGGCAGCACCGAGCACAGCUGGGCAUAUAAAACCCACCAGCCAGCAAGUGGUCAAUGUUAAAGACCUGAUUUCAGGAUCCUUUCCUCUACCGGCUACUGUGCUCAACGUAUUCUCAGCAAUUCUUACAGUCAUCUUAGUGGUAUCAAAUACCUACUCCAUAACAAAGAAUUUCAUAGACCUGAGCAAAGGAAGCAAGACUACAGUGGCUAAAAAUAUACAGGACGUGGCCAUGAAGAUGGAAGAUGAAUUGAAGGCCUAUGAAGACAUUGCUGAGUUUCUGAAAGUGACUUUAAAGGUGGAUUGA